UGUCCUUCUCUCUUCUUCCACUUCAAGCUCAAAAUACGAAAACUGUUGCAGAGAGUUUCCUCUGAAAAGCAAAAAGGAAUUUCCAGAGAAAGAGCGUAAAACGGUGUAGUUUGAAAGACAAAAAGGGUAGAAGAUGACGGUGAUAGACUUGAUCACGAGAGUCGACGCGAUUUGCAAGAAAUACGAGAAGUACGACAUCGAUAAGCAGAAAGAGGCCAACACCGCCGGCGGCGAAGACGCUUUCGCUCGCCUAUACGGCGUCUUCGAGGCCGAAGUCGACGCCGCUAUUCAGAAAUCGGAAGCUGCUGCAACGGAAAAGAACAGGGCUUCGGCGGUUGCUAUGAACGCGGAAGUUCGAAGAACCAAAGCUCGAUUGCUUGAAGAAAUCCCCAAAUUGCAACGACUCGCUCAAAAAAAGGUAAAGGGGAUUUCAAAAGAAGAGCUUGAAGCUCGAAACGAUUUGGUUUAUGCACUGAAAGAUAAGAUUGAAGCAAUAUCAGAUGGAUCAACAGCUGCAACUAAACAAAGUAGUGGUGGUUGGGCAACUUCGAGUUCCUACACUGGAAUUAAAUUUGAUUCGUCUUCAGAUGGGAGAUUUGAUAACGAGUACUUUCAACAAACCGAAGAGUCUGAUCGGUUCAGGCAAGAAUACGAAAUGCGCAGAAUGAAGCAGGAUCAAGGUUUGGAGGUUAUAGCUGAAGGUUUGGACACAUUGAAGAACAUGGCUCACGAUAUGAACGAGGAAUUGGACAGACAAGUUCCACUUAUGGAUGAAAUAGAUGACAAGGUAGAUAGAGCAGCCUCGGAUCUGAAAAGCACGAAUGUGAGACUUAAGGAUACUGUGCACAAGCUGAGAUCAAGUCGCAACUUCUGCAUUGAUAUCAUCCUCUUAUGUAUAAUUCUCGGGAUCGCUGCAUAUUUAUACAAUGUGUUGAAAUGAAAAACUCUUCUACAUGACGAGGAUUACGCUCCUUCCAUUACUGCGUACGAGUUUGUAUGGAUUUUAAAUAAACUCUCGAGUCUGUCUCGACUUUACACCGGUAUUAUAUAAUCUGACUUGAUAUUUGUUGUACGUAUUAUAUAAUCUGACGAUAUUUGCAGUUAUGUACUAUACUUUCCGGAAUUAUAUAUACUAGUAGUGACAAAAGUAUGUGGUACAUGUGAACGGGCAAUCGUUGUUACAUGGGGAGUUCAAGUCUAUUAGAAGUUUUCGUAUUAAAUCUAAAAGUUUUUUUUUGA